AUGAAUAAACAGGACUUCUCAGGAGAAAGGGAUUCCCAACCCGUUAUGGUUGCAUCAGAUACCGGGAGGGAGCUUUCUCAUCCACGACAAAAUGACUCCCAUUUACAAGAAACAACAGACCUCUUUGAAUUUAGGGGUGAACUUGAGCGGAUUUCUAAUUCAACAACAUCUGUUUCCCGUAUUUUGGAGUCAUUAUGUCAAUAUAACGUCCUCUUUUCAGAUGAACCUGUCAUGGAACUUAUAAAUGAUAUUGAAAUGGAGGAAGAAUUUGUUUUUUCUCAAGUUCCUGAAUAUCUGAAAAAUGAGUGGAAACGGAUUAAUCCCACAAAAAAGGAAACAGAGAAAUUAGUCGAGUCAAAGGUUGAUACUGUUGCAACCUAUAAUUCAGAGCAAAGAAGACGUGCUGAUUAUGGCGCUUCGUCCAGACUUGUGGUUGAUCCUUCUAUUCCUUUAAUCAUGCCGUUCAGCAAAGAACGUCACAAUAUGACGAACCCUGAAUAUAAAUCUGUACAAGGCAAUUAUCAUAGCUUGUUCUUUGGAGAAGGAGAACCGGUUGUUUUUACCCCUCCACAAGAUAACAAACGAAAAGAAAUUGAAAGGCAAAGCGAAGAACGAACAUACUGGAAAAGUAAAUUCAAACGUCCUGAAAAGAAUAACGAUGUUCAACCCAAAAAACCAAAGGUGGUACCGCGCGAUUUUGUUCCAUCAUGUGCUUAUGUCGAGAAUUUGCCUGCCCAUAAAAGGCCAUCCCAAGAAAGGGUGGUGGAAAAAAAACCACGGUAA